ACACGUCGCACUUUCUCCCUCACAUGACUGCGUCGUGUCCUUUCCGUCACUGCUCUUUGCGGAAGUCAGCAGCUCUGUGUGGCGGCGGCCUCGUCAACCUAGCAACAGGAAGAGGAUGUUUGCCCCCCGACAGAGGACAAUAUCACCUGAUCCGAAUUGUUUAUAACACGCUUUCUCGUCGUACACAUUUCUUUCUAUUUUUUUUCUGGGGACGGGUUUUCACGACUCUUUCUCUCACCUGGAGCCGGCCGGCUGUGCGUCCGAAGCCGGGCACUGCGGAAUAACAUGUCUCUGUUCCAGUCAGCACUGGAUUUCCUCUCCGGGCCCGGCUCGUCUGGAGCGGCCAGCCGGGACCAGAAUGACUUCGUCGGACAGAUGGUCGAACUCGGCGACUUGAAACUGAGGAUAAAACGGGUGAUCGCUGAAGGUGGAUUUGCUUUCGUGUAUGAAGCCCAAGACAUGAGCAGUGGCAAAGACUUUGCUCUAAAGAGGCUGCUGUCCAACGACGAGGAGAAAAACAAGGAGAUCAUACAGGAAGUCUGCUUCAUGAAAAAGCUGUCAGGUCAUCCCAACAUGGUCCAGUUCUCCUCCGCUGCGUCCAUCAGCAAAGACGAAUCUGACACUGGACAGGCCGAGUUCCUGAUCCUCACCGAGCUGUGUAAAGGUCAGCUGGUGGACUUCAUGAAGCGGGUAGAGCAGCGCGCCCCCAUGUCAUGUGACACAGUGCUGAAAAUCUUCUACCAGGCGUGUCGCGCCGUGCAGCACAUGCACAAACAGAAACCUCCGAUCAUUCACCGGGAUCUGAAGAUUGAGAACCUCUUAAUUAGUAACCAGGGCACCGUCAAGCUCUGUGACUUUGGCAGCGCCACCACAGUGUCGCAUUACCCUGACUACAGCUGGUCGGCACAGAAGAGGUCCAUGGUGGAGGACGAGAUCACACGGAACACGACCCCAGCGUACAGAACUCCAGAGAUGAUCGACAUCUACUCCAACUUCCCCAUCAAUGAGAAACAAGACAUCUGGGCUCUGGGAUGCAUCCUGUACCUGUUGUGUUUUAAGCAGCACCCGUUCGAGGACGGGGCCAAGCUGCAGAUCGUGAAUGGGAAAUACUCCAUCCCUCAGAAUGAUGUCCAGUACACGGUGUAUCAUGAACUGAUACGCUCCAUGUUGAAGGUCAACCCAGAUGACCGUCUGUCCAUCACAGAGCUGGUCAACCAGCUCCAGGAGAUAGCAGCAGCCCGAAACGUCAACCCCAAAUCUCCCAUCACAGAGCUACUGGAGCAGAACGGAGGGUUCGGCAACAAUGGAGCACAGCCGACGAUGCAGAUCCACAAUGUCCACAACAACGCAGGAAUAUACGAUCCCGAUCAGGCCAGCAGCGGACUCUUUGACAUCCUGAGAGGAGGAACUGAGCGCUUCCUGACCAACAUCAAGGACACGUCCUCUAAGGUCAUCCAGUCAGUAGCCAGCAACUCCAGCUACGCCAAAGGCGACCUGGAUAUUUCCUACAUCACGUCCAGGAUAGCAGGCAUGUCCUUUCCAGCAGAGGGGGUUGAAUCAGCGAUCAAGAACAACAUCGAGGACGUCCGUCUCUUUUUGGAUUCACGCCAUGCUGGACAUUACGCCGUUUACAACCUCUCCAGGAGAUUGUACAGACCGUCACGAUUCCACAACAGGGUGUCUGAGUGUAACUGGCAGGUGCGCCGUGCCCCCAACCUCCGCAGUCUCUACAAUGUUUGUAAAAACAUGCAUCUUUGGCUGAAACAAGACCAGAGGAACAUCUGCAUAGUCCACUGUCUGGACGGCAGAGCAGCGUCGGCCGUGGCCAUUUGCUCCUUCCUGUGUUUCUGUCGCCUUUUCACCACAGCUGAAGCUGCUGUCUACAUGUUCUCCAUGAAGCGCUGUCCACCUGGAAUCGCACCCUCACACAAAAGGUAUAUCGAGUACAUGUGUGACAUGAUGGCGGAGGAGCCCAUCGUUCCUCACAGCAAGCCUAUAGUAAUCCACUCUAUCACCAUGACGCCCGUGCCUCUGUUCAACAAGCAGCGCAACGGCUGCAGGCCGUUCUGCGAGGUCUACGUCGGCGACGAGAGGGUUCUCACCACGUCACAGGAGUACGAAAGGAUGAAGGAUUUUAAGAGCGAAGACGGAAGAGCAGAGAUUCCUCUCAACGUAACUGUCCAGGGCGACGUGCUGGUGGUCAUCUACCAUGCACGGUCUACACUGGGGGGCCGUCUACAGGCCAAGAUGGCGUCGAUGAAAAUGUUUCAGAUCCAGUUCCACACAGGCUUCGUGCCAAGAAAUGCAACCAAUGUCAAGUUUGCCAAGUACGACUUGGACGCCUGUGACAUCCAGGAGAAAUACCCCGACUUGUUCCAGGUAAACUUGGAAAUCGAGGUGGAACCGAGAGACAGACCCAGCACCAAGACACCACCGUGGGAAAGUUUCCAAACCAAGGGCCUCAACCCCAAAAUCCUCUUCUCCACUCGGGACGAACAGCAAGAGAUCCUCAGCAAAUUUGGUAAACCAGAGCUGCCUCGUCAGCCGGGUUCCUCAGCCUUUUACGAUUCCGAGUCACCUCAACCUGUCCAGACUCCAGAAGAGCCCGUUCCAAAAGAGGAAGAAUCUCCAGCGAGCUCCGAUACUAACGCCAACAACUUCUUCCAAACACUGGACUGGGACGAUGGCAGUGGCCACCAGGACGUCUCUGACAGCCACGCCGGGGAGACUGCGAACGAGCAGGAUGACUUGAGUGAUCAGUCUGAAGGAGAGUCCUACUCUGCCCCCAGUGGAGAGGCUCUGUCACGGGACCCAAGUGAACCACUGUUUGAUGCUGAUUUUGAGACUGCGCCCCCUGCUGCCCAGGAACCACCCCUUAGUGACACGGCUGAUCUCCUGGGCUUGAACGCAGACCCUCAAUCUGCCAGAUCCAUCUCUGCUCCUAAGGGAGGAGUUCAGGGAGGUAUGAAAGCUGCUUCCAGUAACAGUGACCUCCUAAGCGACCUGUUUGCGCCCUCUUCUGGACAGACUGGAGCAGUACAGGAAGAUCUGUUCUUCACAGAAGCACCAGACUCAAAACCCAUGGGUGAUUUGUUUGAUCCAUUUGGAGUGGGAUCUGGCUCUGGGAUCGGCUCCAGUGUGGGUUCGUCUCGGCAGGCUUCUGGACCAGACUUGUUUGGAGAUUUGUUGGGUUCUGACAGUUCUGCCACCAGCGGGUUUAGUUCUGGCCACGGGAACCCAACUCCUGCGUCUAACAGCAGCCUCCUUAACCUCAAUAAGCUCGUUAAAGACCCUCCAAAGAUGACAUCAUCAGCCAGCCAACCUGACCUGCUGGCCGGAUGGGACAGCUGGGCGAACAGCAGCACUAAAGGCAUGAGCUCGUCAUCUAACAAACCCAACUACACCAACACUGCUGCUGGUAUGUCCUCAAUGUCAAAGGCCAAGUCUCAGACCUUUGACCCCUUUGCUGACCUUGGAAAUCUAGGCCCCACUUUACCAGGUUCGUCCAGCAGUAAUUUUUCGGGGCCGUCUUUUACUUCGAAGGCCACCUCCUCCGCCUCCACGUCCUCCUCCACCAAGCCACAGGCCCAGGCCUGGCAGUCCGGUAAAGGGGCCGCAGCCCAGAACAAACCCUGGAUGUCUGGAUCUGGUCCUGCACCCAAACCUUCUGCAGCGUCUCAGCCUGGGGGCGCACAGCCCAGCAAACCCAACUACAAUCUCAACUUCUCCAGCGUCAUCGGUGGGAGAGAGGAGAGAGGAAUACGUGGCCCAGGGUUUGCAGGCCCAAAACCAAAGGUGAAGGAGGACGACUUCGAAGACCUGCUGUCCACUCAGGGCUUUGCGUCCAAGAACGACAGGAAGGGACCGAGGACCAUCGCUGAAAUGAGAAGACAAGAGAUGACCAGAGAAAUGGAUCCACUGAAAUUACAGAUCCUGGACUGGAUCGAGGGAAAGGAGCGGAACAUCAGAGCUCUGCUCUCGACUCUGCACACAGUGCUGUGGGAGGGCGAGACUCGCUGGAGGCCCGUGGGCAUGGCUGACCUGGUGACUCCUGAUCAGGUGAAGAAGUUCUACAGAAAGGCCGCGCUGGUGGUGCAUCCGGAUAAGGCGGCCGGGCAGCCGUAUGAGCAUUACGCUAAAAUGAUCUUCAUGGAACUGAAUGACGCCUGGUCAGAGUUUGAGAACCAGGGCUCCAAAGCACUCUUCUAAAAACCCCUGGUCUGGCUCCCACUGAGACCAGAGCAGGCCAGAGUGGACUGGAUUUGGCCUAACCAAACAAGUGUUAGACCGGGCCAGAUUAGACAGGACUGAGCCCACAUUGGGUCUUAACGGGCAACAAGCCUCUGAGAGGUGUCCUCUCUACCAUUCCCUUCACUCCGCUCUUACUUCUUAAGUUCUUCUGUUUGUGAAGGAACCCAGACGUGGUUCCUCCUCACUGGGUAUUAAACAGCCAGUCUGGUGUUACGAUUGAGUCCGAAACUCACUGCCGACUGCCUCAGUGGUGCUGCGGAGUGGGGAGGAAUGGGUGACAAUCGCAGGAGGAGGGAGCAUUGUAUGGAAACCGGAGAAACAGGGAGGGAUGAGCCUGGAGGACAGUCAUGGUAUUACCUUAAGACAGAAGGAGUUGAAGUUAAAGCAACACUUUGUAACAAACUGUCCUGGUCUUCAGCGCAUCGCUCAAAGCUCGGCUUUGUCGCCAAACUGACUGGUCAUGAUUCUGGCAGUUUGAUUGUCAUAGAGUCCCAGAAUUCUCACAGUGUUUUCUGCCUAGCAACCAAAUCUCUCUGGAGGUUAAGGUGCAGAGUAGGAUCCAAACAGUACAUUUAAAGUGCCAUAUUUUCCAGACUAUAAGUUGACUUUUUUGUUUGGCUGGACACGCAGCUAAUUCAAAAUGUAUACAAUAUCAACUAUGGCCACAAGAUGGCACUGUCAACACUGACAACUGAAUGCUGCUGCUCCAGUGAGUGCUGGCACAUAUAAAAUGUCCUUACAAAAACACAAAUAAAAUGUAAAAAAACACAAACAAAAUGUGACCAGAAAGACGAAACGUAAUACGACAGUAUAGUGUAGCAGCACAAAAGAAACCAACAGUACUAACUGGAACUGAUGCUGAUGAGUUUGACGACAGACCAGCAGAAGACGAGAGUUGGUGGAAAUGUUGGUGGAAACGGAGGAUGAAUGGAUUCAGAUUGUUAGCAUGUUGCGCUAAUACAUUCAUCCAACGUUCUCUCUGCUGUUAUGUUGUCCAGAUUUAGCAUUUAUUCUUGGCUUCUCGUGAAAUUAACAUUACCACAAAAUACAUGAACUAGCACUCCGGUGCCACCUAUAGUCUGGAAAAUAUGGGGAUUUUAAAAUAUAUCUUAAUAGUGUUGCUUAAGAAUGGAAGUUUUUUAUAAACGUGAAUCUACGUGAAGUAGGAUGCUCGACUGCCUCAGAUUACUUUCAGAAACAUUUUAUGUCAAACGAAUCACAGCAACCAGUGAACCAAAAAAAAAAA